AUGACUUCACAACCAAGACGUUAUCCACUUUUAGGUGAAGAUGAUCGUAUGAUGUUAAAAUUGAUAGAGCAUUCACAAUUCAGUCAGAACAAGAAAUAUGGGACAUUGCAAUUUAGUAGAGGAAUAGCAGCUGGACAUUAUCCAUUUCUGCAGGAUCAUGCAGGUAGUCCAACUCCAAUUAGACUUAUAUGGAAAACAGAAUUACAAAACAUUGAUUUCGGUCUGUUAUUACCAGAAUUAAUUGAAGGUCUUACUGAUGUAGACCAAACUGUGGUUAAUGUAGCUAAGGUAGCAAUCACUGACAUAUUGAAACAUGGACCAUUAGAUAAACUGAUUGAUACUCUACCAGUAUUGACUGAAGCAAUACGUAAAGUACUUACUAUGAAAAAUGUGGAAGCAGAGCGCCGAGUGUUAGUCGUCCUGAAGCAUGUAAGUUUAAUUCAACCGGGGAUUGGACCAGAUAUGUCAUUUUAUCUACGCAACAUCUUCCAACAUUUAAACUAUUACUUUGAGCAUCAUAAAAACUAUAAUCAUCAGAUUGUUUAUAAUCUAAAUUUAUCGGACGACAUAUGAUUUAAUUGAUGAAGUUGUUAUGUGUUUAUUGCAAAUAUCUGGUAAUGAAUUUGAAACAGCUCAAAAAAUAUAUAAUUAGCUCUACCAACAUCUCAG